GGUCAGCGGCGGCUGAAAGGAUCGUCUCAGUGGGACUGGAACGCGCGGGUGGUGACGGGCACUACGCUAUGGACGGAACCGGUGCAGUGUCACCCUUCAAGUGUUAUGUGGCGACAAGACAGUGUGUGCCGUGAGUCGACAGAAAAUUGUUUGUCGACCGCCGCACGGAGGGCCGAAUUUACAUGCCCCGCCAUCCGAAAUCGAUCCACGAUCAGCGGGAAGCGGCGGUAAAAUGAAUUUGACUUUGUAAUACAUGCGUGAUUAAUUUGUUUGGUUUCAGGUGGAGCGAUAAAUUCGCCGCGGCCGCUCACCCGCUGCAAGCUGUCUCCUAAAUUUCCGUUUUCAUUUAGAUGGCCGCGCUGGCGGCGGGGGUCGGCGGGCAACUGCAGGCGAGUCACGAACCCUGCUUCCUCCGCGGCGGCGGGAUGGCCGCGCCGGGCCGUGUUUAAUCAUGUGCCGCACCGGGCGCCGGUGCCGCGGCCGGCCGGACGCAGUGCGCCUCACCCCUCUCCCUCUACCAUGCUGUCUCCCACGGGCGCCGCCGCGCCGCGCGACCACCGCCCCCGGCGCCGCCUUUCUGGCACCUCGCCGACCAAUGAGCGGCCGCGCGGCGGCCAGGCUCCGCCCCCGGCCGGCCGCUGGUGGCGGCGGCGCCUCCGAUCGGCAGAGUCGGGCCGCCGCUGCCGCCGAGUGACGCACGACGCCGCGCUGUCUGCCGUCAUCGCCAGUCGUCAGCAGUGCCGCACGUCAUCAGCUCGCCCGUCAUCGUCAGUGAUCAGCCGUCGCCAGCUGUCACCAACUCCAGCCGCCACCAGUUGGUCUGCGAAGACUCAGUGACGCCGCUGUGCUCCAGCCUCGCCCAGCACCGCCGCCGCCGCCAUGCCGCGCCCGACCCGUGAGUCAUACGGCGACCAGAAGCCGCCCUACUCGUACAUCUCGCUAACGGCCAUGGCCAUCGCCAACAGUCCCGAGCGCAUGCUGCCGCUGUCCAGCAUCUACCAGUUCAUCAUGGACCACUUCCCGUACUACCGUCAGAACGCCACCAAGUGGCAGAACUCGCUGCGCCAUAACCUCAGCUACAACGACUGCUUCGUCAAGGUGCCGCGCCGGCCCGACCAGCCGGGUAAGGGCGCCUUCUGGACGCUCCACCCCAAGGCGCAGACCAUGUUCGAGAACGGCUCGCUGCUGCGCAGGAGGAAACGCUUCAAGCUGACCGAGGAUGAGAAGGAGGUGGUGCGCGCCGUGCUGGCGGCCCAGUCGGCGCCGUGCCGCCCGGUGCCGUACGGCCGGCCGCUGCCGCCGCCCGCCGCCCCCGCCACUGCCGCCGCCGCCGCCGCGCCGUUCCCGGCGUACCCGCCGUGCGCCCCGGCCGGCCGUGCACGCCAGUCGUUCAGUGUGGAGAGCCUGGCGCAGUCGGACGCCCGGCCGGAGCCGGUGCGACCGGAGCCGCUGCACCACGGCUACCUGAGCCGGCCGCAGCCGAGCCUGGCGCCGCUGGCCCCGAUGCCCGCCUACGGGGUGCCGUGGGGGCCGUACUCGGCCGCCGCCGCCGCCGCCGCCUGCUACCCGGCGCCGCUGCGGCUGGCCGGUCUGAGCGCCGUGCUCGGCUACGCCCAGCACGGCCACCUGUCCCCGGGCGGCAGCUCGUCCCACUCCGAGUGCGAGUCGGCCUCGGACAGCGACCGGAGCUGCUAGGAGGCGCCAGUCAGUCCCGCACCCGCAGCUUCACAGAUCAACCCCCUUAUGGCCGGUUCAGAGAGGUCCCCGCACCCCCCGCAGGCCCGCCCGGCUCAGCGCAGCGGCCGUGGCCUUAAUCGUUCCUAUGCUUUAUCGAUGUUUAUGUAUUUUAUUGGUUUGCUGUUGUUGUUGUCUGUGUACCUGAUGUCACGGCGAAUGAGUGUCGAUGUCAAAUGACGUAUAUGCAUCGGUGGUGCUAUGUCAAUGUCACCGCAGCUGUAAAGAGAGGCAUAAAUAUACUUCUCCAUGA